AUGGUGUAUUUGUAUUUUUCUGUUAUUUGUGUUGUCUACUACUCUUUAAUGUGAAUGCGAUUCAUUACAUGGUGAUUUUUAUCAUUUUUUUUUUUCGUAGAAUUCUUCAUUUCUAGAGUUAGAGUAUGGGUUCUUCUAAAAAACACAAGGAAAAAAAAGAACGGAAAAAGCAUAAGAGAGGACGUUCUCGUUCUCGUGAAAGGGAUACACAUAAGAAAAGCCACAAGUCUAGCCAUAGGAAAGAAAAACGUCGUAGCCCUGAAAAUUUAUGUCCUGAACUCGAAUCUCAGGCUUCGAAUGAGAGAAAACGUUAUUUUUCAGGGGAUGAAGAACAUUCUCAUCGGGACUAUAUGCACACUGAGAAAAUUGAAGAGGAAAGAAGUCGAAAUGCAUCCCCUGAUGAUGAAUUUGAUAUUGAUAAACUGCUAGAUUCAAAACUUUUGGAAAAUUCAGAAUUCGCUACAAUUUCGAAGCGCUCAUCAAAGAAACGCCGUCGUGAUAUAGAUAUUGGGGAACUGAAAAAACGUUUGAAAAUAAGUAAUGAAAAUGAAGACUCUUUGGAAAAAUUUGCUAACGAACAGUUUAUGGAAGAACAUGGGUUAGUAGCAGGAAGUGCGGAAAAGCAUAUUCGAUCUCCUCAAUAUGAUUCCUUAUCUCGAGAUAAAUCGGAAAAAAUUCCUUUCAUUAGUGACACAAAAAUUAAAGAAGAACCUCCUGACGAAGACAAUGUUGAUCCAGCAUAUGAAGAACACACUGAACCUCAAUUAUCUUUAAGCAUUGCAGAAACAAACAAGUUACGUGCAAAACUAGGUUUAAAGCCAUUGGAUGUAGGAAAUGAGAUUCCAGGUCUGGAUCAGGACAAUGCCGAUAAGGAAAUUAGUAAGCCUGCAGAAGUUUUUGUUAAAACUGAAAACAUCAGUGAAGUUAAGAAAUCAGAAGCUCUCCGGGAAAAACUAAAAGUCGUAAAAGAGAAGAGACUGAUAGAAGAAAAACUAAGAAAAACAAAAGGGGUCGCUGAUUCUGAUUCUGAGGAGGAAUCAGCAGCUGCCUGGGUUAUUAAACAUCAGAAGAUGUUGCAAGAAAAAGAAAGAGCUGAAAAGAGAGCUAAAAUGUUAGAAGAAAUGGAUGAAGAAUUUGGAAUUGGUGCUUUAGUAGAAGAAGAAUUUGAUAAGAAGAAGGCAUAUACAUCUCAAGAUUUGGAAGGACUAACUAUAGGUCAUGAUGCCGAUGCUUUUAAAGAAGGUCAUCAAGUCAUCUUAACACUAAAAGAUAAAGGUGUUCUUGAAGAGGAUGAAGAUGUUUUAGAGAAUGUGAAUAUUGUUGACAGUGAGCGAUAUGCUAAAAAUGUCGAAAAUAAGAAGAAGAAACCAGAUUAUAGGCCAUAUGAAGAGCCUGAAUAUGAUGAAUUUGGAAUUCUGAAGAAAAAGAAUUUGCUUUCUAAAUAUGAUGAAGAAAUAGAAGGGGAGAAAAAGAAGGCUUUCAAAAUUGGUACGGUUAAUAGUACACCAUAUAUUAGCAAAGAACAGGAAUUGGAACUAAUAAGGAUGAAAUUAAAGCAACAACAUGAGGUAUCUUUAGAGAUGCCAGAAAUGAAAAAAGCCAAUGAAUAUUACACAACUGAAGAAUUGGUGCAGUUCAAAAAGCCAAAGAAGAAGAAAAAACUGCGCAAGCCCUCCAUAUUGAAAGCAGACGAUCUUCUAGGAGAUGUGAUGGAUGAUGGAGAAAGUGAUUUGGGUUCAAGGAAAAUGAGAAGACAAAGGAUUUCUGAACCAGAAGAGACAGUUCAAGAAACAAGAACUGAAAUACCAUUCCUUGAAGAAGAAAAAAUGGAUGAUGCUUCAGAUGUAGUUAUAGAUGAAGAUUUAGCUGAAAAAGAGUUGAGCAAUGCCUUGAAUAAAGCUAGAAAACUUAAGGAAAGAAAGGUUAUGUCAACUGCACCUGAAAAGGUUAUUGAAAUUCUUAAGAGUGUUAAUGGAAGUGGCAUGGAUUCACAUGAAGAUUCUAAAAUUGGAAAUAUUGAAUUAAAUUCAGUAGCUGAAUUUUGUAGAACACUUGGUGAAAUUCCUACAUAUGGCAUGUCUGGUAACAGAGAUGAAGAAGCAGAUGAAAUGAUGGACCUAGAACGGGAACUUAUGGAAGAACGACAGAAACAAGAAUUAGAAGCUCAAAAUCGUGGUGCGUGGAAUGAAGUAGAUCUUGAUGAAAAACCAGCUGAAAUAUCAGUAAGGGAAAAUGAGCCAAUUUUAGAAGAAGAACCCGAUAUAAGCUUAGGUGUGGCUGGAGCCCUGAAACUUGCAAUGAAAAAAGGUUAUUUAGACAAAGAAACCAAAAAAGUUAGCAGUGCACCUAGAACUAGUCAGUUGCAAGCUCAGUCAUACACUAUUGAAGAAAAAUUUUAUGAAGAUGAUAAGUUUGGCAAGAGAGAUAGGUAUACUGGGCCAGUGCAAGAAUUUCGUGAGAAAACAAAUUACAAACCAGAUGUCAAACUUGAGUAUAUAGAUGACAGUGGACGCUUGUUAACUGCAAAAGAAGCUUUUCGUUAUCUCUCUCACAAGUUUCAUGGUAAAGGUCCUGGCAAAAACAAAGUUGAUAAGAGAAUGAAAAAACUUGAACAGGACACUAGAUUGAAGCAGAUGAGUUCUACUGACACUCCUCUAAACACAGUAAAGUUAUUACAGGCCAAACAGAAAGAAACUCAAUCCCCAUACAUUGUUCUUAGUGGUGGAAACAAAACCUUAACACAGACUAUGAUUUCCAAGAAAUAAAGACAAUGCCUUUUUAUUGCAUAUAUGAUUCAUGUAUAUUCAUUUUCAAUAAAGUGAUUACAUUUAAAAAAAA